CAAUUUUGUGCUCAGUAAAUUAUCAGAGACCCGGUUUCAAUACCCUUAUGAUAAAUUAAUACGCAUGGCGAAAUCUUUGAUAGAGGAAUUGGGGUAUCCAAGUAGCUUCCCUGAAGGUCUCAGAGUUUUGGUUGUCGAUGAUGAUCAUGUCUACCUCAAAACUCUGGAAAAAUUGCUCCAAUCUUGCAAAUAUGAAGUUGUGACCUGCUUUGAGGCAACUGGUGCUCUCAAUCAGAUUCAAGAUGGAAAUGGCCGAUUUGAUGUGGUUUUGUGUGAUGUGCAUUUGCCUGAUAUGCAUGGGUUCGAACUUCUCAAUCAAGUUAGAAUGGCAAUGGACUUGCCUGUCAUCAUGAUAUCGGUUGAUAGCGAAAAAGACAUUGUAAUGAAAGGAAUAGAGAAUGGGGCUUGUGACUACCUAAUAAAGCCUAUAAGAAUCGAGCAACUGAAGAACAUAUGGCAGCAUGUGAUUAGGAAGAAGAUUCGAAAGAAAAAUAAUGGAUUGAAGGAAGUUAUUAAAUCUAGGUGUACAGAAGAUAGUGGUGGACGCCAUGGAUUAUUGAAUGGUCUUGAAAAUGUACAUUCCAGGAAUGUAGAAGAUAGCCUUGGACAUCAUGAAGCAUCAAAUAGUCUUCUACAUGCAACAUCGCCGGACAAAGGGAAUGACAAAAAAGCAAAGAAAAAAGAGGAUAUGGGGAAGGUGGAAAAUGAUUCUGGAUGUAAUUCUUAUUCUUGUACUCCUAAGAAGCCAAGAAUAGUUUGGACUAGUGAGCUCCAUCAAAUAUUCUUGGAUGCCAUAAACAAAUUAGCCCAUGACCAUGAAGAAGUAGUUCCCAAGAAAAUACAUGAACUAAUGAAUGUUCAUGUUCCACGCCUAUGCAGAGGAAGCAUUGCUAGUCACUUGCAGAAGUACCGCGAAAACUUGAGGAAAGAAAUAAAGGAUGAAGCUCCUCAAGGUGAUUCAGCCCCAACUUCAUUGGGAAACCAUGCAAAAGAAAGACAUGGCUCCAUUAUUACUGCUGAAACCCCAGAUCUUGAUGCUCAAGUAUUUGCUUCUCAAAUGAAUCCUAUAGCAUUUGUAAAAAGCAUUGCCAACAGAACAAGACAUAUGGAUACUUCUCUGAAUAUGGUUGGCGCCAACACUUGUUAUUCUCAUUUACCAGUGAGUCUAGGAGUCUCAAUGGGAAAAGAACAACUAACAACAUGUCCGGUGAUUUCUACAUCGAUGGCUCCUGUCCAUAGAAGAAGUAACUUCCUCAACAUGGGCACUUUAGAACCACGUGACAUUCAAUCACUGGUACCGUAUUACAGAGGUGGUUUCUUGCAGUCAUCUAAUCCUUUGAGGAAUGCAAGGGAAAAUGGUAUUGCUUUGUGGAGUUUCCAUUCAAGUUUUGGUUCGUUGGAUAAGCAUAGCCAAUUUCACAUGCAAAGCCAGAAAAGUCAGGACAUUAAUCCUGAUUUGCCAGCAUACUCAAGUGGGGGUCAUUCACACUCAAUGGGGACUGGUGAGAACUCACCUCUUAAGAACUUCGGGCCAGUUACUACUGAGAUGGUUUCCACCAACAAAUCGAUACAAGAGAACGAUCAAGGAGUGCUGCAUAUAGUGCCUUUUCAUAAUGAUACUGUGGUUGGGGGUUCAUCUAAGGUAGCUAGUGUGAAUAUGCUAGAUGAGGUGCUCAAUAAUGAAGGUAGCAUUAACUCAUUGUUUGAAGAAUCUGAUGACGAUUGUUUCUUUUAAUUCUCUCAUUAAUGAGAUAUAAGUGUGAUAAAUUCAGUGUCUAAGCUGUAGAUAUCGAAAGAUAGCUGAUGAGAGGCAUUUAUCUCCAUUAUUGACCUGCUUUUUCCAUCUUGAUACAUAAAAAUGUUGAUAUAAACACCAUUGCCAUACAAUGUUCUCUGGUGGUUUUAUCAGCUUUUUUAGGUCCCAGUUUAUUAUCCAGCUGGUGCAAUUUGAGUGAUCAUUCAGCAAGGCCAUUCCUACACUCACUUUUGACCAUCCAGUUUUGUGAAUAUACUUCAGUCUCAUUCAGGUAGAUGUGUUCAUAGUUGAGCAGAUAUUCUUUGGCAUUCUUUCUAUAAAUAAGGAUCAACAAUUUGAGGGCAUUGAUUUAUGACUUACAGUAAAUAAAGAUUAUUUAAUUCUUGCGGCCUGUCAAUGCUGAAUUUCACUACAUCAUAUUAGGAAAGAUUGGUGGAUACCCAGGUUGUCUAAAUUGGUUUUGAUAUA